GUUGGUGACCAUGAGGUAUUGGAAAUCGAAGCUGCGAUCAUAUAAAUAUGUUGCGUAAUUUUUGGUUAAGCAUCAUUCGAUCGUUAGCUUCUGCCGCAAGCAGAAAAUUUGGAUUACGGCCUUACGAAAUUCAGCUAUAAGAUGAAAAUGAAACUUAUAAUUUUUGGAUUAGCUUUUGUGGCAUUUGCUGCUGGGGAACAAUACCUUCCACCAAAUGAAGAAGCUGUUGAGACUCAAUACCUUCCACCAUCAGCUGAGGCAGCAGUCGUACAACCUGAUAACCAAUAUUUAACCCCUGUCCAAGAAGUAGUCCAGGACCAACCACAACCUGAAAACGAAUAUUUACCUCCAAUUGCAGCUGUUGAGCCUAUUGAACAAAUAGCUGAAGAUGGUUAUCGUUAUAAGACUGUGAAGCGUAUUCGUUACCGAACUCGUCGUGAUGUAAGCGAGCUUACGUCAGGACAGUAUAUACCUCCAAGUGUGGAAGACAGUUAUGGACCUCCACCAUCGGGACCUGUUGAUGUUGUGCAGCAAAGCGCUGUGUUGGCCGAUGAUGGGUACCGUUACAAGACUGUCAAGCGUGUUCGUCACAGAAAUCGUCGUGAUGUCAAUGAAUUGGCUUCUGCUGAAUACUUGCCUCCAGUUCAGCAAGAUGAUAGCUACUCAUACCCAGCUCCUGCCGCAGUUGUAGAAGCAUCGGCCCCAGUCGAAAUCCCUGCUCCAGUAGAAAUUGCUGCCCCAAUUGAAGUCCCAGAGGAAGUUCAAGAAUCUGCUGUAUUAGCUGAUGAUGGAUACAGGUACAAGACCGUUCGUCGCAUCCGUUACAGGCACCGACGUGAUGUCAGCGAAUUGCCAACUGCUGAAUACUUGCCUCCAGUGCAGCAAGAUGAUAGCUACUCAUACCCAGCUCCUGCUGCAGUUGCAGAAGCAGCCCAAGUUGAAAUCUCUGCUCCAGUUGAAAUUGCCGCACCAGCUGAAGAAUCUGCUGUAUUAGCUGACGACGGUUACCGAUACAAAACCGUCCGUCGCAUCCGUUACAGGCACCGUCGUGAUGUCAACGAAUUGCCCACUGCUGAAUACUUGCCUCCAGUGGAGCAAGAUGACAGCUACUCAUACCCAGCACCAGCUCCAGUUGUAGAAGAAGCUCCAAUUGAAAUUGCCGCACCAGCUGAAGAAUCUGCUGUAUUAGCUGACGACGGUUACCGAUACAAAACCGUCCGUCGCAUCCGUUACAGACACCGUCGUGAUGUCAACGAAUUGCCAACUGCUGAAUACUUGCCUCCAGCUCAACAAGAUGAUAGCUACUCAUACCCAGCUCCAGCUCCAGUUGAAAUCCCUGCUCCAGUUGAAAUUGCCGCACCAGCUGAAGAAUCUGCUGUAUUAGCUGAUGACGGUUACCGAUACAAGACCCUCCGUCGCAUCCGUUACAGGCACCGUCGUGAUGUCAGCGAAUUACCAACUGCUGAAUACUUGCCUCCAGUUCAGCAAGACGACAGCUAUUCAUACCCAGCUCCAAUCGAAGUAUCAGCUCCUAUUGCAAUUUCCGCUCCAAUUCCAAUCCAGCAAAGUGCUGAACUAGCUGACGAUGGCUAUCGUUAUAAGACUGUGAAGAAGUACAAAAUCAAACGUCAUUGAUCCAUCAUCCAAAAUUUUAGGAACCUGCAUCGAAACAAUACAUAAAAGUCAUUAUUAGAAAUAAAAAAAAAUAUAUAGUAAUUUAAAAAACAAA